CAGAGAUUCAACAAUCUGAUAUUAAAAAUGAAUAUCUAGUUCCUAGUGAGAAAAAGAAUACUGAUUUAUCUUAUAUAGUUAAUGUUGAAAUAUGGACAUGUACUUGCUUUGUUGGAUUAUCUGGAGCGCCGUGUAAGCACCAGGGUGCAGUAGCAGCAAAAUAUCAUAUUAGUUCACUAAAUUUUCUUCAAUUAUUAACUCCUAAUGAUCGUGCUAAUUUUGCAUAUAUUGCACGUGUGAUUAAUGAAGUUCAAGAAUCUGAAGAAUCAAAUAUGAACCAAAUUAUUGCAAUGGAAAUUGAAAAUCUAGAAUCUGAUGUGGAUCAAAUUAAUACAAUAGAGCGUAAUACAGCCUUUAUUGAAUCAUUUCUUAAAAUAGUCAAAUAUGAUUAUGAAAACUGUGGCCCACAGUUUCAAACUGCUAUUGAGAAACUAGCUGAACGUUAUAAUGCAGCGAAAGCAAAAUCUAUUCCGCGCAGGAAGAAAGCUGUUUGUGAUAAAAAAAAUAUCGAUCAUCAUGUUAUACCAGCACGUAAAAAACGAACAAGUG